UGCUGGCCUACUUAUCUGGCUCAUUAAUGCUACCUAAGCUCUCUAAAGCUGCCUCACUCACUCUGUGGACGCGGGUGGUUUCUUCUGCAUUGGAAACACGGAGACACAAACCUGUGGAUGAAGCCAGCGAGGCUCAGAGACACCUGCCACCUGUAGCCCAGCAGGAGACAGAGGGAGAGGUGGGGGGGGAGAUGUCACGGCCCUUCUGUCUGCUGUUGUGGCAGGUGGUUCUCAGAGUAUCCUGCCAUGCUGGAACAGUCAGUCUGUGUGUGGGCGGCUCCAACAUCUUUGCGUCGGUAAGAGAGAACAGCCCUGCUGGUCACUUCAUCUCCAACAUCAGCAUCAGAGCCGAACCAGGAGCCAGCGCCGUCCGUCUGUGCCUGACCGGACCAAACGCCAUCUGGUUCUACCUGGAGGGGCGGACCAUCAGACUCAACUCGUCUGCUUCCAGAGUUCUGGACCGAGAGGUUCUGGGGCCGUUUCUGAUCGCUGAGCUCACCUGUUAUGAGGGCAACAUCAAACAAAGCCAAUACAGAAUUCUGGUGGAGAUUCUGAAUGAAAACGACAACAAACCAAAGUUCUUGGAGGCAACCAUCCAACCGUUUACCGUCAGCGAGGUUGCAGCAGUGAACUCUGUGGUUUUCACCGUGAAGGCUGAGGACUCUGAUGGAGACAUGAUCACCUACAUCAUUGACCAGUCCUCAGAAGAUGCACGGUUUUUCAGGAUCGACCUGCCUAACAGUGGGAAAGUGGUGCUGAACAAACCUCUAGACUAUGAGAGUAGAACACGCCUGCAGAUCCUUUUGUGGGCCCAGGUAAAGGAGUCCAACACUGUGGAGAAGUUCAAAGUCUCCACAGUACUCACCGUCAACGUCGAGGAUGUGGAUGACCACUAUCCUCACUUCCUGCCCUGCACACCUGUGUCUCCAGGGGUUCCAGUUUGCAUGAACCCAACCUACACCGCUAACAUUACGUGGAAGAACCAGGAUACGGUUCUGGAGUUUUCUCCUGGUCCAAUCAGAGCGAGGGAUGGAGAUUUGGGGAUCAACGCUCCUCUCCUAUAUACAAUCCUGUCAGGUGACGAUCACGGCAGGUUUAUUAUAGACAACAGGACAGGUGAGAUCAGGUUAACCAGAGCUGUAGAUGACCGGCGACCAGCAGUGAACUUCACCCUCACCAUCAUGGUGUCCCAGGUAGAGGAUGAGUUAAAGUACAGCGUGGCCACGGCUUUUGUCAGAGUCCUCAGUCCGAACUCCUUCCCGCCUCUCUUUAACACAACCACCUUCAAAGGGUUCAUCAUUCAGAGCUCAAGCCCUGCCUCAAUCGUCUCGACUUAUGGGAACCAGGUGUUACAGGUCCAGGUUAUGGACUGGGACUUCCCUGACGGACGGAAUCCAAACAUCCGCUUCUACCUUCAUCCCCCGUCUCAACUGUACCAAGUCACCCAGGAGGGGGUUCUAAUCGCCAGAACGGACCAGCUGCGACACUUUGACAGACACCUCCUGCAGGUUAUUGCCAGGGAUGAAGAAUCAGGAGAGGAAGCUUCAGCCUCAGUGGACAUUGAAGUCCUGCAGCGAGGACAGGCAGUUCCUCAUGGUGCGUUCAAGGAGCAGCAGUUGUUUGGAGACAUGGACAGCAGGCUGGCAGGUGGAAUCGCAGCACUGAUCUUGCUGACGUUUCUGUCAGCCUUUCUUUUUCUCCUGCUUCGAUUUGUCAGGAGGAGACGGCCGCAGGAAGCUAACAUCCUCCCCAGCCUCGCGGUUGGAAAGCAUCCAAAGGUGAGAUCUGGGUCUCCUGUGUUCAUGGAUGAAUCUCUCGGUCAUCAGGUUCCCUCGCAGUCCGGCAGCUUCCACGGCAGACAGGGCCUGUACACUCGGAGGCAGUCUCUUCCUCCUCCAGCUCCCUCCUCCUCCUCCUCAGCAGCAGACAGCAGGUCCAGACCUCACCUACCCACAUCAUCCUCAGACGUCUCUCUCGGUGACCCAGCCAGGCGCUGCCGCUUCCAGAAGGAUCUGUUUGUUGUCAUUGAGAAACCUGAAGGUGGAAUUUACAGCUGGGAGAGGUCACCUGAUGUCACAGUGGGUCUGCCGUCGACAGGUCAAUCCACGGAGAUCCACAGUGGAACACCAGACAGCGAUGAGGAAAUUCAGACUGACCUAUCACGGGAAACCUAAAGAUUAUUCCAGCCAAUCCCAGAUUAAGACUAAACAGCAGCUACUGAAGGAUCCAUCAUAUUAUUGGUUAACAGAUUUAAAGUCAUUAUUACUCUAUUUUAGUAAUUUCAAUUUAAAAAUGCCUUUCAAAGAUGAUUUACUAAUAAAAAUAUUUUUGA